GCCUGUUCUUUUGUUUCAGCACUCCGCUUGGUCUUUCCCCCCGUUCUCUCUAUUCACCCGCUAAACGCUAGUGCUAAGAGCUGCUGGAAAGCCGCCUGUACAGCCAUUAUAGGGCCCUGCCGUAUUUUAUUUAGAUUUCAUUUAGGGCUUUGAUAAAGUUUGUGUAGGAGCAGAAUGUACAGCUUCAUGGGAGGAGGGCUGUUUUGUGCAGGAGUGGGCAAUAUACUCCUGAUUGUUUCCACAGCAACAGAUUAUUGGAUGCAGUACCGUCAUUCAAACAACUACAUGCAUCAGGGGCUGUGGAGAUACUGCAUGCCUGGAAAAUGCUUCACACACACCGACAGCAUUGCAUACUGGGACGCUACACGAGCGUUCAUGAUCUUGUCUCUCUUGGCCUGCUUCAUUGGCAUCAUCAUCGGUAUUAUGGCCUUCAUCCACUACUCAUCCUUUGACAGGUUUGAUAAAACCUUUGCUGCAGGCAUUCUGUUCUUCAUCUCAUGCUUUUUUGUGUUUCUGGCUAUGGCUGUGUACACUGGCGUUACAAUUAAUUACUAUGGUAAACGCUAUGGUAACUGGAGGUUCUCCUGGUCUUACAUCAUUGGCUGGGUGUCUGUUGUGCUCACUUUCUUUUCAGGAAUGUUCUACAUGUGUGCAUACCGGAUGCAUGAAUGCCCCAGAAGCUCAAAUCCUCACUAAAAAAACUGGGCUUUAUUAUCAUCAAUAUUGGAAGCCACUUCAUCAAACAUCAUUAGGUCAUGAAAAUAAGUCAAUUUUAAAUAAAGACUCAUAGAUAGUAUAACAACGUGUGAACACUUAGAAUCUUUAUUUCUGUCUACAUAUUAUGAAAACGUGUACAAACAACUGACGGAGAAUCUGAACAUCACAUGAAAAACAUCUCUUUGUUUUUGCCUUCAUUCUUUUUUUGUCUUUCGUUCACUCUUUCUUUCUUUCCAUCAAGAAAACUGUUUCUGCAAUACAAUUUGAAUACAAAAAAGGGAAAAAAUGACGCUAUCAAAAAUACAGAAUGUAUGUGGGUUCUCUUUAUGUUUAUUUACGUUAAGGUUUUUAAUGGUAGCUUAUUUAGGGUUAAACUAUAUAUUUUAGAUAC